AUGAGCAGCACGUCGCCUGUGGGCGCACCGAAGGCGUCGACACGAGCAUCGGCAUCGCACCAGCCUUUCGACGAGGACCCCGCGACUCAGCGAUUCGUGAUUGGCAAGAUUGACGCUGGAAUCGCCGUCUUGAUUUCCGACUCCGUCCACCUCAUCGAGUUCCCCUCGCUCCUCCUCCCGUCCGGCGUUGGUCCCGGCUCAAUCGUCAACAUCGCCUGCACGCGCAACGUUUCUGCCGAGAAACAGCACGCGAGGGAGUUCUGGGACUUGCAGAGGGAGAUUGCCGAGACGUUUGGGAAGAGGGAGCCUGAGGCGCCGAAGUUGAGAGUGAGGAACACGACGCAGACGAGCGUCACCCUCGAGUGGGACAAGCUCGACCUCGCCUCUGCGAGCCUCAUCAACCUCUCGAUCUACCGCAACGGCCAGCGCUUGACGACCAUCCCCAACCCCCUCCACAACACCUCGACCAAGCUCUCGGGUCUCCAACUCGACACCGACUACUCCUUCCACCUCGUCCUCAAAACUAGCGCCGGUACCUACACCUCCCCAACCGUCAAGACCCGCACGCACACGAUCGACAACACUACCGGUAUCUGCGUCUGUUUUGGACUUGUCGAGCCCGAAGACUUGGCGAACGAGGCGAGCGAGGCGGUCAAGCAGCUGGGUGCGAAGAGCGAUGACAAGAUCCAGAUCGAUACGACGCACUUUGUGGCGACGUCGAGCGCGAGUAGGAGUAACCCUGAUGGCGGGCCGGGCGUCGAGUACCAGAAGGCCGUGCAGCUUUCGAUUCCCAUCGUCACGCCCGAGUGGCUCCUCGCCUGCGUCACAGCAAAAAAGCUCGUCCCCAUCUCGCCCUACUACCUCGGCCAAACCAACCGCGCCGCCUCGCUCUCCUCCGCACAACUCGUCUCCUCCACCGGCUCACCAAGCUCGACUGCCCUUCCCCUUACGCAGCGACAACCACGACCGGUUGCGGUAGCUGAGCGACCGAGUCAGCCGACUGUUGUGGAGCGGGAUGAGGACGAGCAGCGCGCAGAGCAGGUUGCGAAACCGCCUGUCGAGCUGGAGGAGGACGUCGAGGGUCCGCCGGAGGAUCAGCAGGCUGAGCCAGAGCUGGAACCUGAGCAGCCACCUGCGACGGAGCCGGCCGCUGAGGACGAGACGGACGCUUCCACCCGGGCAAUCAAGUCCGACACCGAGCCGUCGAAGGACGCAGUAGAAGAGACUGCCACACCGACCAUUUCCAUCUCGCCGCCGCCGGAGGAGACGGUGAUUAAGGAGGACCUGCCAGCCGAGGAGUUGCUUCAAGAGCAGGGCUCGACAGGCGCUGGCGAUGUGGACGGCACAGCUCUCGAGGGCAAGUCUGACCAGCCAGCAAAGGCGGAUGCGGCAGAGGCGGCAGAGAGCGACGUCGAGGAGGACCAGCGGCCGGAGGCUCAGGACGGCGAGUCAAGCCUCGUCGACAUUAAGCUCUGA